AUGCCUGGGGUACCGGAGGAUGCGGAUUCUGACGAAGAUGACGUGGCAAGCGGGGAUUGGCUAGAUACCGAGACGGGAAGGUUACGCGUGCUUGCAUGCAUGCAGACGCCAUACUCUCAGAUCACGAUUUUAGAGUUCGCGAAAAUACAGCCGGGAAAAGCGUCGGAGGAGAGGGAGCAGCCAGAGGAGGGGGGAGGUGUGGGAGGGAAAGACGACGCGGAAGAUCCUGCUUUAGUGCUUGCCGGAUCGCGAAUCAUGCUAUUGGACGACUCGAGCAACGUGUCGAGCCUUUACAACAAGCGAACCAUCUGGACGCGGUCCUACUGGGACAACCUGGCGUCGCUGGCCCCGUUAUUGUCACACGAGCUUCGCGCCGACGGGAACGCGCGCCUGCCCGGGCCAGUGGCGCUGCUGGGGCUGGCAGGGGGCUCCGUGGCUCGCAUCAUAAGAACACAGUGGCCGGAGGUUGGCGUGCAGGCGUGGGAAAUCGACCUAGUGGAUUGUGGGAGGAGAGCAGAGUGGCCGGAGGUCGGCGUGCAGGCAUGGGCGAUUGACCUAGUGGUGGUGGACAUGGCUCGACGCUUCUUCUCCCUCACCUCCUUGGAGAAACCCUCGCCUCAGGGGGGCUAUCUGCAAGUGACUGUAGGCAAUGCUCUCGUAGCAGCUCCUGUCCCUGUACAAGGCACCAGUUCCUCCACUGAAACUGUUACUGCAGAUAGUGCUACAGGUAACAUUGUAGAUGAUGCUACAGCAGGCAGUGCUACAGCCGGGCAAUUCAGUGGCAUCAUAGUGGAUCUCUUCUCAGGUGGCGCCGCCCUCCCUCAACUAGCAGUCGAAGGCACCUGGCGGCACCUGAAGAACCACCUGAGCCCUGGAGGCCGGGUGCUGAUCAACUGUGGGGGGCCUAGCAGCAGCUUCGGCGAGUACCUAAAUGGCUUCAGUCAGAGCCAGUCUGCCAAACCAGAAGCAAAGGACGGGGAUCGAGUGGCGGCAGUAGCAGCAGCAGCAAGGAGCGAUCCUGGUGUGCGGCGAUGUGCCGAGGUGAUUGAGGCUAUGAGGACGGUUUUUGACGGGCAGGUGCUGCUCUACUGCACUACCGGGUCCGACAGGAACAUUUUUGCGCUGACUGGACCGCCCCCUGAUCUUGAUGCCUGGGAGGAUAAGCUGCCUGAGCAGAUCAAAGGGGCAGCUAGAGGCUGGAGCUCCAAUGAAGAUGUGUACAGUUUAUUAGCAUCAAAACUAGUGUAG